AUGGAGGUGGCUGAGAGCAGAGAACAGGCCUCCGUUGGUCAUACAACGGGGGCAGAGUCCACCAUUUCCAACGGUGAUCGCAACCCUUUCCUGGAUGACCCGCUCAUGGAUGAUGAUGGGCGGUCAAGUAGCUUGAGUGAGAUCGACGACGUCUCGGACAAUGAGCCGUCAGACUUCGAAGAUCCCAUCAAGUCAGACAAACCAAUGGAGAACGACUCGGAGGCCGAGACUGAACGAAUCGAAGAUUCUCCACACAACGUUCGAAAACGAGACAUCGUGUUGAGUGCUGGCAGUGCCGGCCCAAGUCCGAGCAAGCUCCACCAAUCUACAACGCUUGACGAUGUCGAUGACGACGCACUCAUGGCAGAUGAUUCACCUACCAAACGUCGGUCCUCCAAGAACAAUGGGUUGACCGACGAGAUUCCGGACCUUGGCGAUUCCGAACUUCCAGAUAGCAUUGGGAAGAAGCGAAAGCGCGUUGAAGCCGGUGACGAGACCACCGCUGGAUUGGGUGAUGAAGACGAGCCCAUGAAAAAGCGCCGGAAUUCGAUCAAGAGUGAUCUUAGUGACCCAAUUGACGACGACACCCCGUUGUCCCCCGAGCCGCUUGACGACACCAUGGCGAUGAACGACGAUGACACACCGGUGGACGACGCGCCGGAGUUGGAUCUCCCAGUUGCCCCACCUAUCAAAGGCAAAAAGGGCAAAAAGAGUAAGCGCAAGGGAAGAACGGCCCAAGAUGCCGAUGAUAAGCCCGUCGUCGGCAUCGAGGCCUCAAUAGAAGACGUUGCUGAUCAUAUUCGCGAAAAAGACGAUGAGCCUGCGGAACGAUAUGAACCUGAUGAUGCUGAGCCGGUUGGUCGAGCUGAAGAAGAAUCCGUGAAAAAGAUGUCUGCUCUGGACUCCUUGGCGACUCUGGAGAAAGAGUUCGCAACAUUACGUGACAAGAUUUAUGAUGAAAAGAUAUCAAAACUCAACCGUGAGCUGGAGAUGCUUACUGGGCCGAAUCCGACACACCCCGAGUACCUGCGGCAGAUCGAGUGUGUGCAACGUCACCGCGAUGCCAAGAUCAAAUACGAGGAGAACCUGUAUCGAUACCGCAUGAAGUCCCUUAUGAACAAGGCUCUGGCCGAGCGAUCGCAGGCACACAGCACAUACUUCCAGCGUGUACGAGAUGUGCGUGAGCGACAUUCGUCUGCGAUCAGCAAGCAGUUCUACGCAAUUCAGCAUGAUCGAUUCAAAACAGACGAACUCAGUCCGCACCACAUCAUUGCUUUCCCAACUCGUCGGUCGCAGCAGAUCGCCCACCAGGCCUCAUACAACCAUGAGGUUUCAAUCAUGGCUGGUGUUGCCAAAUAUGUGGGCUUCCCUGCUGCUCCUUCCUUACUCGGUGCACGCCCAAGUGAACUUGAUGAUGACCUUGAAAAGAUGGGUAUUCCCGUAGAGUCGCGUGCCUCAGCCCCUCGGCAUUCAUCGGCGAUGCCUCCCCGGCCUAUCAUGUCUACCAUGCCUUCCAAUCACUUCCGUAACGCUGCGGAAGAAGCUUUUCUAGAACAGACCCCUUGGGCAAACCCACAACACCCUAUUCAUCAACAACAGCAACAUAAUCACCAUCCCCAACAUUCCCAGCAGCAGCGGCCGCAACCCCGUCAGUUUGAGCAGCCCCAGCCAUCGUCAUAUACAACACCAGCAGCUCAGAAGCGGAUGGUUGAUGUGAAUGCGCCGAACGGAUCCGCAUCGACGAUUCCUGAGAACGCAUCUGCUGCCAACUCGUCGGCUAACAACACCCCCUAUGGCUUGGAGCAAGACCCUCGACACCACGGUCAGGGGCCGUUCCGCAAUCCAGAUUAUGAUGUCGACCAUCGGAAAUCUGGGUUCCGCUCCCUCAGCUCAUCGCCUUUAGAUGUACGGAAAUCUCAACCACAACUCACCCACACCCUCGGACACCGCUCUCCCGCCACCGACGCCCCCUCUCACGCCCAUCUUUUCUCUCCACCUCCUGCCCGACAAGGCUUGUUCCGGCCUUCCUCGGCUCUCCAACGGGAGCCUUCGCCAUCACUUUCAUCUAAACCCGCGGAUGCGUUACAUUAUCGCCCCCAUCAAUCGGGUAUAUCGACAGGAUCUGGUUCAAAUCACAUGUCAACGCGAUAA